GGGCGCGUUCGGAGCCCCGCGCAGGCUCCCUGGGAGUCCGGGGGGGGGGUUGCUUGACGGCGGUGUCGCAAAGCGUCGCGCGUGUGGCGGGUCUGCGGGGACGAUGGGGUCGUGGAGCUCUCCCUCGUACCCGGCCUGGGUGGCCCGUCUGGCGCAGGCCAAGCGGCGAGGGGGGAAGCCGCCCCCCAUGAGGCCCUCCCGGCCGCUCGUGCUGGCCGACCACGUCUCCAACCGCCGCCGGAGCCUCGGAGAGGCCACCUGCAUCACGGAGAUGUCUCUGAUGAUGGCCUGCUGGAAGCAGAACGAGUUCAGCGACGUCACUUGCAGCAGGGAGAUCCAGGCCUUCCUGGACUGCGCAUCAAAAGCAGAAGGGGAGCGCAAGGCCAAACUCCUGCAAGAGUCCCUGGAUCGAUCAGGAACCCUCGGGGCAAAACAAAUCAACAGGCUUCUACAUCGUUUCCCCAACAUUACUGACUACCAUUAAAGGAAGACUCACUUCUGCAAAAGACUGGUCAUCAGUGGCUAAAACUGGGCCAUGUGCACAGGUUCCCCCUUGGCUUGUCCUUUUUUGCGGCGGCAUCCAAUGGGGUGUCAGUGAUGUCUUGCUGAGGAGGGUUUUGUCUGAGCGCUUCUGCUGGGAAGGAGGAAUUGCAGCUUCUGAAGAAAGACAUUCCCUCUAGCAGGAAACUUCCUCUGGGUUUGGGGGGCCAGCCCUGUGCCUAUUCUAUAGGAAGGGCAGGCUAUAAAUCGAAUAAAAUAAAUAAGUAGAGGAAUGUUUUCUUGAAACAUUGCUCAAAAAAGCUUUACAUCUGAGCCUUGUGUAUGAAAGUGUUUUCUAAUUAAAAUAGGAUGCGCUUCUGGGUUGUGAAUUGUA